CCUUUUCUUCUUCUUUCCUUUAUACACUCCUUUUUCACUAUAAUAAAAAAAUGGCUCUGGCAGCCCAACAAAAUGAUUAUUUCAACUUGGUCAAUAAUAAACCUGAACCAAAGGAAUAUCAUCUCGAGAAACAACACACUCAUCAAGUAAUUUCACUCCUUCCAGCUUCGAAUGAGAGACCUCGUUCGAUCUCACAAACCCAGUCAAACUCUUUUUCUUCCAUUCAAACUGUACCUGAAGAAUCAGUCUUGACCGAGGAUUUAAUGCCUAAAAGACAUUCGACCAGUUUUAAUUUAGCACCAGCCUCUUCUUUUAAAAAGUCUCAAAAAAAGACUCGUAAUACUUUAGCUCGUAAUUAUACAACAGGUGCACCAGAUCAAGAUGUAUCUGAGGAAUUCCAGAAGGAAUUAACAGCAAGAAGAAAGACAUUUAAGAGAUUAUCUAAAAGAAGACCAGAUGAUCAAGAAGAUCGUGUUCUAAUGGGUACCCUUAUUUCUGAAGGCCAUCAAAACUAUAUUUUAAUGUAUAAUAUGUUGACUGGUAUUCGAAUUGCCGUCGGAAGAGUCUCGGCAAAACCAGAUCGUCCUAUUGUCGAUAGUGACUUUUCUGCUGCCCAUAAACUUGCCUUUGAUGUUACCGGUGAUGAAUUAACACCAGGCGCUAAAUAUGAUUUUAAAUUUAAAGAUUAUGCACCUUGGGUCUUUCGUGCUUUGCGUGAAAGAUUUGGUAUUGAUCCCGCUGAUUAUUUGAUUUCACUGACGAGUAAAUACAUUCUAUCUGAACUUGGCUCUCCCGGAAAAAGUGGCAGUUUCUUUUAUUAUUCAAGAGAUUAUCGCUUUAUUAUUAAAACUAUUCAUCAUACCGAACACAAGUUUAUGAGAAAGAUUCUCAAGGAAUAUCAUGAUCACGUCUCCUCUAACCCAGAUACCCUGCUCUGUCGCUACUAUGGUCUUCAUCGAGUAAAGCUUCCUCAUGGUCGUAAAAUUCAUUUCGUUGUUAUGGGAAACGUAUUACCACCGAACAAGGACAUUCACGAAACUUAUGAUCUAAAGGGCUCUACAUUGGGUCGUUUCUUACCUGAGGAAGAAAUCAAGAAAAAUCCUUAUGCUGUCAUGAAAGAUUUAAAUUGGGAAAAGCGAGGCAACAAAUUACAACUUGGUCCUCAAAAACGUAAAUUAUUUAUUACUCAGCUCCUACGUGAUGUCAAGCUCCUCGUUAGAAUGAAUAUUAUGGAUUACAGUUUAAUGAUCGGUGUCCAUGAUAUUGUCCGAGGCAAUAAGGACAAUGUGCGUAACUCUACCUUGCAGUUCUUUCAACCUGAUACCAAGCUUGCUGAGAGACGUGCUUCAAUGAUGAAGCGCCGAGAAAGUAAAGCCAUGGUGUAUCGUAAGGUGAUUAUGGAGGCAAACCCUGAUCGAUUAAAUGCGUCUGAAUUACCAGACACACCAUUCGAUGAGCGCCGUAACUGUGCAUUUUAUGCAGACGAUGGUGGAUUUCAGGCUACGGAUGAAAGAAACAGAGCAGGACCAGCUCUAUACUUUUUGGGCAUUAUUGAUAUUUUAACACCUUAUGACAUGAAGAAAAAGUCAGAGCAUUUCUUUAAAUCUUUAACGCAAGAUAAAAAUGCAAUCUCUUCUGUAAAACCCAAGGUCUAUGGUAACAGAUUCAUGGGAUUCAUGUCAAAUGCUUUGGAGCAUAAUGAAGAUAUACCUCAUGAAUAUCAAUUAGAAUCAAAUGAAAAGAAGAACCUUUAAUUUAUUAUUAUUAUUUAAUUUUUUUUACACUAUAUUUCUUAAUAAAUAAGAUUUUCGCCUUUAUGUGUGGUCGGUGUAACAUAUGCACCCAACCUCAUUUACUAU